CGAAAACUCGGAAAAAAUGAAAACGAAAAGCUUUCCCUUUAUAUUUUGUUCCUUUUCCAUUUCUGUCCAAAAGAAGCUUUUGAGUCCACAAUGACGUGCUCCACGUUUGUGCUCAAAGCAUAUUCCAUUUUAUUUCUUUAACCAAACUUCACGUUCUCACACUUCACCGAAAAAUCUGAUUGAUUCGCCUGCAAUUCCUGGAUCUAAACGGCCUCAAAGAAGUCUGUUUUGUUUCUGUUUUAGGUUGUUGAGUAAAAGCAUUAUUUUGCUGCUAAACACCUUAAAUCAGUUGGGGAGGUUUGAAGCUCCUACAUUAGAUAUUAGACAAAGUAAAGAUGAAGAGCGAUUGGUUAUCUUCCAUGGGUUCUGAUGGAGUUCAUCCUGACAUCUUUUCGUUGGAGCCAUUUGUAUUUCAUAACCUUGGGUCUCAUUUAUUUUCACAGCUACAUUCAUUUGCGGACAAUUCUAUUUACCAGUCGAGAAACUUAUAUGUGCCGGGAAGUUUGGCUCUUCAAGAGGCAUUUAAUCGUAUAUCAGGAAUUGCUGGUGCUUUUUUAGUUUGGUUCUGUAGUGGAACCAACUCAAAGAUAUCCCGGGAUAUAGCAGGUUCUCAAUUUAGAAGUAGCGGGGCUUCUAUGCAGGUCAAGCCUAUGUCUUCUGUUGGACAUAAUCUAGUUGGGUUUCACUUCAGCUUUAGAUCAGAAAGAAAAUCUAUUGCCCCCGUGGCCUUAGCCAAGAUUUCUAGUUCUGCAAUGAGGCUACUUUGGAGAGAAGUGAAAAGGCUUCAAUCAAAUCCUGUGCUGUCUCUAGCUGCAGUAUUGGUACCACCAAUUCAAAACUUAUCAUCAACGGUGCUGACCGGUCCACUUGAGAAUACUGAGGUGUCAAUGCAUGGAGGCAAGGACCAAAUCCCUUGUGAGGUUAAGAAAAAGGGAUGUGCUCAACUAUCUUUUCCUGAAUUGAACCUGACGAAGCAUGUGGUUGAGCCUAAAACUGGCAUUGAGUUUCCCAUGAUCUUGAACAAUGUAGUAGAUGAAGAGCAGGAUGUCAACUUAAACUCUGAGGUCCUGGUUGGAACUGGGUCCAGAACCAUGACAAUAGUUAAAAUCAAGUCUUUAAAGAUCUAUGCAUUUGGUUUUUAUGUUCAUCCUCACUCCCUCUGUGAGAAAUUGGGUCCAAAAUAUGCAUCAUUUUCUGCUGGUGAGCUGAAUAACUCCCAUGGUUUCUACAAGGAUCUUCUUAGGGAGGAUGUUGAAAUGACUGUGAGGCUUGUCGUGAAUUGCAAGGGGAUGAAAAUCAACACCGUGAAAGAAGCUUUUGAGAAAUCCCUUCGAGCUCGCUUAGUUAAGACAAAUCCAAGUACAGAUUUUUGUUGCCUGAGGAAAUUUCGUUCAUACUUCACACAAGAUAUUCCAUUACCUUUGGGGACAACAAUCAAUUUUCGACGGACAGCUGAUGGAUGUCUGAUUACUGAAAUUGGAGGGAAUCACAUUGGAAGUGUCCCCAGCAAAGAUUUAUGUCGGGCCUUCUUUGACAUGUACAUUGGGGAUGAACCUGUAUCUGAGCAAACAAAAGAAGAGAUUGGCAAGAACGUUGUUAAUAUCAUUAGAAGGUGUUGAAAUGGCUUCAUUUUCGACCUCCAAUUGUCUUGGUUUUUGGAAUGGACAAUUGGCAACCGGUGGCAUAUACCAUCUGGUUGAUGGCAUGAGCAGUGGCUAUUCGAAUAUGGAAUUAGAUCUGCCUUUAAAGUUUAGAUCAUGAUUUGGGGUUACACUGGACGGUCAUGGCUUAUACU